ACGACAGUCUCACGACGGCACUUCAGUAAUUUACAGCGAAGGAAUCCUGAACUCAGAGAUGCUGGCCGCGAUGCUGAAGCCGUGGACAUUGCUUCGCCUGGAUUGGCUGCUGACGCCCGAUGCGUGGCUGCAGCUACUGAUCCUGUGGCCAUUGGAGCUGUAUGAGGCCGUUGCCAUCCUUCCUGUGAGCUUCCUACGACGCCACGUGCCCGUAUUGGGCGGCGCGUUGGUCGUGCUCAUGACACUGCAUGGUAUCCUGCUUCGAUUGUUCCUGGAGCUUCUGCGUGCUAUCUUCGCGCGCGUGACCUACUCGCGCGACCCAGUGCUGACGUUCCGCAGCUUCUGGCGCGCCAUGCAGGACCACUACGCCUUCCUCGAGCCCAGACGCGUGGAUUGGCAGCUUGUGCGCCAGCUCUUCGGGGACGCCAUCCAGCCGGCUACGAGCGACGACGAUCUUUGGAUAGCACUUCAGGAGAGCGUGUCACUAUGCGACGACCCGUCGCUCGCAGUCUCGCGCGUGGCAGGAGCCGCUGCUGGAGGUUCAGGACCCAGGACGCUGACAGUGCGUGGUCACAAGCUCCCCACUGCCGCAGCUCUGAGAUUCCAGCAAUUAACGCUGGCAGCUAUUGAGAGAGAACACCUGACUCAAGGAGGCCGCAGGAUCGCCAACAACCGCUUUGUCUGCGGUAUCUUAAAUGCCGAGACCUGUCCGGGAUGGAGGAUUGGCUACAUUUGUCUUACUGCCAUGCAGGGCUUUGUAGAGUUCCCACUGCCCAGAGUGGACGCUCUAAUGCCUUCUUGGACAAGAGGAUCAACGGCUACUAAAAUGGCAGGACAGACACGGCUAGAAGUGGACAACAAGUCUGGAGAAGGCAGAGGGGGAAGUUCCGUUACUGUGCCUGAGAUCUACGACCUGGAGUCCAUGCGGUGGUCGCUGGAAGCGAUCUUGCUGGGCUUAGGAGACGUGGACGGACUCAUUUUGGACCUACGUUUCAACCAAGGUGGAGGCUCACACGUCGCGGCGUUGACGGUCGCGUCGUUCUUUGCCAGUGACAAAGCACUGGCUUUUUCGACGGACGAGAAGUUACCAGGUGCGACGUCGAGAUUCUCCAAGAGGAAGAACUACCACAUACCGUACACAUCGCGCUGCACGCGCUACCGGGGCCCGUUGGCUGUGCUCCAGAGCCAAUAUACUCGCGGUACGGCGGAGUUGCUGUGUCUGUCGUUGAUGAAGCGUCCGCUAACGUCCCGAAUCGGAGCUAGCACCGCCGGGAGUCUGUCCCCCACCCGGCAGUUGCGUUUGCCAAACUAUUGGACAGUGGAAAUCCCGUACCAGCGGAUCUUCAGUGCGGACAAUGAGCUGUUUGAGGGUGUGGGCAUUCCGGCCACCGAAGUCGUCCCCGAUAUGGAGAUGUACCCUGCUCAAACGAUCAACGGCAACUCGCCAAAGCAGCAAAAAACGACAGCCGCUGCGUCCAGUGCGGCCUUCGAUCCGUGUGUGAGGAAGGCGAUCGACCAUAUUAUGGGUGUCGAGACAGCGCUUGACAAGUGAAGUGGUACCGUAGCCUACCGUGGCUCCAAUGUUCCCUAUAUAUGUGUCGCGAUAUUUAGCUCAUUUGUUCGCUCUUGUUAAACCUGCCUGUCUUCUUUCUCGUCUAACACUCGAAGCUGUCAUAACCUCAGUACGACGAGUUCGAUUGUUGCGUUCCGUCGGUUGUAGCAGCUCCCGAAGUAGCGCCAGGAGAGUACAGAUAAUGGUACAUCUGGUCAUGCAACCGAAUAUGAUUCCGUGACACAAUCGAAGUCCCAUCAAGACGAACUGCAAACACCACAAAGAGAACGGCAAUGUCAGUUUCAUAGAUGCAUGUCAUGUACAGCAGGAAUCACACCUUCGAGGUCGAUAUCGUAGCUGAAUUUCUUGUUUGACACGAAGUGGAGAUUGCCGCUAACACUCUGCG